AUGGAAAAUGCCUUUCUGAUUACCCUUCAAUGCAUGCACAAUCGCUUAGUGCUUGAUGAAUUACUGUAUGACAGAUUGUUUUUGGUUGAAGAACAUAAAAGACUACUGAGUUCCCUUACAGAUGAGCAAAAAGUUGUCUAUGACAAGAUAAUUUCAGCAAUUUCAGUGGGUACAGGGGGAUUCUUUUUUCUGUACGGCUUUGGUGGUACAGGAAAAACAUUUAUUUGGAAUACAUUGUCAGCAUCCAUUAGAUCAAAAAGCGAAAUUGUACUUAAUGUUGCUUCUAGCGGGAUUGCAUCACUUUUUCUUCCUGGAGGCCGGACAGCACACUCUAGAUUUCGUAUUCCAAUUCAGAUCACUGAGGAUUCAACCUGUAAUAUACUACAGGAUUCUAAUAUUGCCGAAUUGCUGGCGAAAACAAAGCUAAUCAUCUGGGAUGAAGCUCCAAUGGUACACAGAUUUCCCAGGCCAGUCUUUAGUCAUGGGCAAUUAUAUGUGGCACUAUCCCGAGUAAAGAGCAAAAAGGGAUUGAAGAUUUUGAUAGUUGAUGAUGAUGGUUGUGUAACAAACAGUACCUUUAACAUAGUCUACAAAGAAGUAUUUUAG